AUGACAAAACCAGUCACUCGUUCCGAAAGCACCAAAGAUUCGACCUCCGAUGGUGAUCGCGACCGAUUGGAGGAGAUGAAGCAGGAGAUUAAUUCGAUCAAGGCAGAUGCAGAAAAGAGACAUGUUAUUGCAGACCAAAGGCAUGCGGAACUGAUGGGAUUGCUCUUGAAGGUUUCGCAAACUUCUAGCGUACCACCACUGAUUUCUUCAUCAACAAGUCAGACCCAUCCACCGCCACCAUCAUCGAGCCUACCACCACCACCACCGUCGUUGUUCCAGUCAGUGACAUCUAUACCGAUCCCGACAUUGACCACACACCUGACGGACAGAUCGUUCCAACACCAGCCCCACCUUGCCCAGUUUGGAAGGGAGGAUCAAAGGGGCCAACCCACACCAUUUACAUUCGGAGACGUCUUGGGUUCAAGUAACGGUCGAGACCUUACGGGUGGCCACAAAAAUGGAGGAGGAUGGGUACCGGGAACAGAUUAUCGCCUGCGAAAGCUAAAGAUGCCAUUAUUUGAAGGUGAAGAUGCAUUUGGAUGGGUAUACAAGGUUGAACGUUUCUUUGAGAUCCAGGGUUUGGUUUCGUUUAUAGAAAAACUCAGGGCCACGGUAUUAUGUUUGGAAGGACCAGUGUUGGCUUGGUAUCGUUGGAAUAAGCAGCGUCCGCCAUGCUGUAGUUGGGACGAACUCAAAAUUAGAUUGCUUGACCGGUUCCAACCCUCGCUAAAUGGAAGUUUACAUGAACAAUUCCUAAAACUUACUCAAAAAGACACUGCGUGCGAGUAUGUUGGCAGAUUUGAAGCAUUGGCAGCCCAACUGAGUGGUAUACCUGAACCAAUUCUGGAAGGAAAUUUCAUUAAGGGACUUAAACCCGAGUUAAGAACAUCGGUGCUUAAUUCACAACCAGUAGGCCUUAGUUAA